ACUCGACACUGUUAGCAUGUGGUGAACUGUCAUCGCACUCUCGACGAUUCAAGACCCUAAAGGAGUACGAGCACAUCGCUUCAACUCAAUCUCUUUGACUUAAUCGUCAACUUUUAUAGCCAAAAUGAAAGUUGUGGGACCUACCUGCGCGCUGAAUAGCGGCGAAGAUGUUGUCCGCUGCCUCUCCGACCAGAGCCUGGCUAUCACCAAAUGCAAGAUCCCGCUGCUGGACGAGCAAAUGACCAUGUUUCUGCAGGACAUGAACAGCUGCUACAGCAAACUGAAAGAGCUGGUGCCCACGCUGCCGACCAACAAGAAAGCCAGCAAGGUGGAGAUCCUGCAGCACGUUAUUGAUUACAUCUGGGACUUGCAGGUCGAGCUGGACAGCAAGAAGAACCAGAGCUCCGCUCCCCGCACUCCCCUCACGACGCUCAACGCGGAACUGGCCAGCAUCUCCGUCGAGAACGGCUGUUCAGACGACAGAAUCAUGUGCCGUUAAAGCUAAUGCUCUCGGUUUCACAUCAACUGAUCGAAGCAUCGCGUGGAUCGAACAAGGUGCGCUGAGGUGACGAUGAUGAUCAUGAUGAUGAUGGACCAGAACCGCCGUGACGCCUUGAACUGUGUAGGGAGAGACUCAUUCUCCUGUUGUAGAGGAAAACAACUUUCAGUAGAGAGCCACAAAACCCCGUGGACAUUGAGAAUUGUGACGUGCUCUCUGAGAUCUUCCCAAACACACCGAUUGUGUGUGUUAAAGCUGUGGAAUCCAUGGCGAUUAUUCACUUAUAGUUCAUGCAUUUCCCUCUCGGUCAAAGUUUCUCCAAUGUUUUCUUAAGUCUUUAGAAAAUCUUCUAUUUUGCUGUAAAUGUUUUCUCAGAUUACUGAGCGAAAGAAUGUAUUGUAUAUUACAAUGACAUAUGAUGUGAAUGCUUUAUUGUGUUUUUUACAAUGUAUAUUGUUUUUUUAUUAUUAAAACAAGAAAAUGAGACAUA